CUGGGAGCUGUGAUCUCACCAAGCCCCUGCCAGGAAAAGCCCCAGAAAAAGGGGAGGGAGGGAGAGGCAGAGGCUGCCGCUGCAGUUUGCAAGAACCGCAGGGGAGAAGGACGCUGCCACCCACAGCCUUCAGAGCUCAUUGCAGCUGGGACAGCCAGGAGCGGGGUUAGUCAGCAGCUCGACGAGCGGCUGCCCAGGUCCUGGGGUGGUGGCAGCCAGCGGGAGCAGGAAAGGAAGCAUGUUCCCACGCUGCCCACGCCUCUGGGUCCUGGUGGUCUUGGGCACCAGCUGGGUAGGCUGGGGGAGACAAGGGACAGAAGCGGUACAGCUAAGGCAGUUCUACGUGGCUGCUCAGGGCAUCAGUUGGAGCUACCGACCUGAGUCCACAAACUCAAGUUUGAAUCUUUCUGCAACUUCCUUUAAGAAAAUUGUCUACAGAGAGUAUGAACCAUAUUUUAAGAAAGAAAAACCACAAUCUAGCAUUUCAGGACUUCUUGGGCCUACUUUAUAUGCUGAAGUCGGAGACACCAUAAAAGUUCACUUUAAGAAUAAGGCAGAUAAGCCCUUAAGCAUCCAUCCUCAAGGAAUUAGGUACAGUAAAUUAUCAGAAGGUGCUUCUUACCUUGACCACACAUUCCCUGUGGAGAAGAUGGAUGAUGCUGUGGCUCCAGGCCGAGAAUACACCUAUGAAUGGAGUAUCAGUGAGGACAGCGGGCCCACCCAUGAUGACCCUCCAUGCCUCACACACAUCUAUUACUCCCAUGAAAAUCUAAUCGAGGAUUUCAACUCUGGACUGAUUGGGCCCCUGCUUAUCUGUAAAAAAGGGAUCCUAACUGAGGAUGGGAAACAGAAGACGUUUGACAAGCAAAUCGUGCUACUGUUUGCUGUGUUUGAUGAAAGCAAGAGCUGGAGCCAGUCAUCAUCCCUAAUGUACACAGUCAAUGGAUACGUGAAUGGGACAAUGCCAGAUAUAACAGUUUGUGCCCAUGACCACAUCAGCUGGCAUCUGCUGGGAAUGAGCUCGGGGCCAGAAUUGUUCUCCAUUCAUUUCAAUGGCCAGGUCCUGGAGCAGAACCAUCAUAAGGUCUCAGCCAUCACCCUUGUCAGUGCUACAUCCACUACCGCAAAUAUGACCGUGGGCCCAGAGGGAAAGUGGAUCAUAUCUUCUCUCACCCCAAAACAUUUGCAAGCUGGGAUGCAGGCUUACAUUGACAUUAAAAACUGCCCAAAGAAAACCAGGAAUCCUAAGAAAAUAACUCGUGAGCAGAGGCGGCACAUGAAAAGGUGGGAAUACUUCAUUGCUGCAGAGGAAGUCAUUUGGGACUAUGCACCUGUAAUACCAGCGAAUAUGGACAAAAAAUACAGGUCUCAGCAUUUGGAUAAUUUCUCAAACCAAAUUGGAAAACUUUAUAAGAAAGUUAUGUACACACAGUACGAAGAUGAGUCCUUCACCAAACGUACAGUGAAUCCCAAUAUGAAAGAAGAUGGGAUUUUGGGUCCUAUUAUCAGAGCCCAGGUCAGAGACACACUCAAAAUCGUGUUCAAAAAUAUGGCCAGCCGCCCCUAUAGCAUUUACCCUCAUGGAGUGACCUUCUCACCUUAUGAAGAUGAAGUCAACUCUACUUUCACCUCAGGCAGGAACAACACCAUGAUCAGAGCAGUUCAACCAGGGGAAACCUAUACUUAUAAGUGGAACAUCUUGGAGUUCGAUGAACCCACAGAAAACGAUGCCCAGUGCUUAACAAGACCAUACUACAGUGACGUGGACAUCAUGAGAGACAUCGCCUCUGGGCUAAUAGGACUACUUUUAAUCUGUAAGAGCAGAUCCCUGGACAGGCGAGGAAUACAGAGGGCAGCAGACAUCGAACAGCAGGCUGUGUUUGCUGUGUUUGAUGAGAACAAAAGUUGGUACCUUGAGGACAACAUCAACAAGUUUUGUGAAAAUCCUGAUGAGGUGAAACGUGAUGACCCCAAGUUUUAUGAAUCAAACAUCAUGAGCACUAUCAAUGGCUAUGUGCCCGAGAGCAUAACUACUCUCGGAUUCUGCUUUGAUGACACUGUCCAGUGGCACUUCUGUAGUGUGGGGACUCAGAAUGAAAUUUUGACCAUCCACUUCACUGGGCACUCAUUCAUCUAUGGAAAGAGGCAUGAGGACACCUUGACCCUCUUCCCCAUGCGAGGAGAAUCUGUGACGGUCACAAUGGAUAAUGUUGGAACUUGGAUGUUAACUUCCAUGAAUUCUAGUCCAAGAAGCAAAAAGCUGAGGCUGAAAUUCAGGGAUGUUAAAUGCAUUACAGAUGAUGAUGAAGACUCAUAUGAGAUUUUUGAACCUCCAGAAUCUACAGUCAUAGCUACACGGAAAAUGCAUGAUCCUUUAGAAACUGAAGAUGAAGAGAGUGACACUGACUAUGAUUACCAGAGCAGACUGGCUGCAGCAUUAGGAAUUAGGUCAUUCAGAAACUCAUCAUUGAAUCAGGAAGAAGAAGAGUACAAUCUUACUGCCCUAGUUCUGGAGAAUGGCACUGAAUUCAUUUCUUCGAACACAGAUAUAAUUGUUGGUUCAAAUUAUUCUUCCCCAAAUAAUAUUAGUAAGCUCACUGUCAAUAAUUUUGCAGAACCUCAGAAAACCCCUUCUCACCGACAAGCCACCACAGCUGGUUCCCCACUGAGACACCUCACUGGCAAGAACUCAGUUCUCAAUUCUUCCACAGCAGAGCAUUCCAGCCCUUAUUCUGAAGACUCUAUAGAGGAUCCUCUACAGCCAGAUGUCACAGGGAUACAUCUACUUUCACUUGGUGCUAGAGAAUUCAAAAAUCAAGAACAUGCUAAACGUAAGGGACCCAAGGUAGAAAGAGACCAAGCAGCAAAGCACAGGUUCUCCCGGAUGAAAUUACUAGCACAUAAAGUUGGGAGACACCUAAGCCGAGACACUGGUUCUCGCUCCAGAGUGAGGCCCUGGGAGGACCUUCCUAGUGAUCUGUUACUCUUAAAACAAAAUAACUCAUCUAAGAUUUUGGUUGGGAGAUGGCAUUUGGCUUCUGAGAAAGGUAGCUAUGAAAUAAUCCAAGAUACUGAUGAAGACACAGCUGUUAACAAUCGACUGAUCAGCCCCCAGAAUGCCUCACGUGCUUGGGGAGAAAGCACCCCUCUUGCCAACAAGCCUGGAAAGCAGAGUGGCCACCCAAGGUUUCCUAGAGUUAGACAUAAAUCUCUGCAAGUAAGACAGGAUGGAGGAAAGAGUGGACUAAAGAAAAGUCAGUUUCUCAUUAAGACACGAAAAAAGAAAAAAGAGAAGCGUACACACCAUGCUCCUUUAUCUCCAAGGACCUUUCACCCUCUAAGAACUGAAGCCUACAACACAUUUUCAGAAAGAAGACUUAACCAUUCAUUGUUGCUUCAUAAAUCCAAUGAAACAUCUCUUCCCAAAGACCUCAAUCAGACAUUGCCCUCUAUGGAUUUUAGCUGGAUAGCCUCACUUCCUGACCAUAAUCAGAAUUCCUCCAAUGAUACUCGUCAGACAAGCUCUCUUCCAGAUCUUUAUCAGACAGUGCCCCCAGAGGAACACUAUGAAACAUUCCCCAUUCAAGACCCUGAUGAAAUGCACUCUACUUCAGACCCCAGUCACAGAUCCUCUGCUCCAGAGCUCAGGGAGAUGCUUGAGUAUGACCGAAGUCACAAGUCCUUCCCCACUGAUAUAAGUCAAAUGUCCCCUUCCUCAGAACGUGAAGUCUGGCAGACAGUCCCCUCUGCAGACCUCAGCCAGGUGACCCUCUCUCCACAACUCAGCCAAACAAACUUCUCGCCAGACCUCAGCCACACGACUCUCUCUCCAGAACUCAGUCAGACAAACCUUUCCCCAGCCCUCGGUCAGAUGCCCAUGUCUCCAGACCUCAGCCAUACAACCCUUUCUCCAGACCUCAGUCAUACAACCCUUUCUCCAGACCUCAGCCAUACAACCCUUUCUCCAGACCUCAGUCCUACAACCCUUUCUCCAGACCUCAGUCAUACAACCCUUUCUCCAGACCUCAGUCACACAACCCUUUCUCCAGACCUCAGUCCUACAACCCUUUCUCCAGAUCUCAGUCAUACAAUCCUUUCUCCAGACCUCAGUCCUACAACCCUUUCUCCAGACCUCAGUCAUACAAACCUCUCUCCAGACCUCAGUCAUACAACCCUUUCUCCAGACCUCAGUCAGACAAACCUUUCCCCAGCCCUCGGUCAGAUGCCCAUGUCUCCAGACCUCAGUCAUACAACCCUUUCUCCAGACCUCAGUCAUACAAACCUCUCUCCAGACCUCAGUCAUACAACCCUUUCUCCAGACCUCAGCCAGACAAACCUCUCUCCAGAACUCAGUCAUACAAACCUUUCCCCAGCCCUCGGUCAGAUGCCCCUUUCUCCAGACCUCAGCCAGGUGACUGUCUCUCCAGACAUCAGUGAGACCACCCUUCUCCCUGAUCUCAGCCAGAUAUCACCUCCUCCAGACCUUGAUCAGACAUUCUACCCUUCUGAAUCUAGUCAGUUAUUGCAUCUUCCAGAAUUUAAUGAGACUUUUCCUUAUCCAGACCUUGGUCAGAUGCCAUCUCCUUCAUCUCCUACUCUCAAUGAUACUUUUCUAUCAAAGGAAUUUAAUCCACUGGUUAUAGUGGGCCUCAGUAAAGAUGGUACAGAUUACAUUGAGAUUAUUCCAAAGGAAGAGGUCCAGAGCAGUGAAGAUGACUAUGCUGAAAUUGAUUAUGUGCCCUAUGAUGACCCCUACAAAACUGAUGUUAGGACAAACAUCAACUCCUCCAGAAAUCCUGACAACAUUGCAGCAUGGUACCUCCUCCGCAGCAACAACGGAAACAGAAGAAAUUAUUACAUUGCUGCUGAAGAAAUAUCCUGGGAUUAUUCAGAAUUUGUACACAGGGAAACAGAUAUUGAAGACUCUGAUGAUAUUCCAGAAGACACCGUAUAUAAGAAAGUAGUUUUUCGAAAGUACCUCGACAGCACUUUUACCAAACGUGAUCCUCGAGGGGAGUAUGAAGAGCAUCUCGGAAUUCUUGGUCCUAUUAUCAGAGCUGAAGUGGAUGAUGUUAUCCAAGUUCGUUUUAAAAAUUUAGCAUCCAGACCAUAUUCUCUACAUGCCCAUGGACUUUCCUAUGAAAAAUCAUCAGAGGGAAAGACUUAUGAAGAUGACUCUCCUGAAUGGUUUAAGGAAGACAAUGCUGUUCAGCCAAAUAGCAGUUAUACCUACGUAUGGCAUGCCACUGAACGAUCAGGGCCAGAAAGUCCUGGCUCUGCCUGUCGGGCUUGGGCCUACUACUCAGCUGUGAACCCAGAAAAAGAUAUUCACUCAGGCUUGAUAGGUCCCCUCCUAAUCUGCCAAAAAGGAAUACUACAUAAGGACAGCAACAUGCCUGUGGACAUGAGAGAAUUUGUCUUACUAUUUAUGACCUUCGAUGAAAAGAAGAGCUGGUACUAUGAAAAGAAAUCCCGAAGUUCUUGGAGACUCACAUCCUCAGAAGUGAAAAAAUCCCAUGAAUUUCACGCCAUUAAUGGGAUGAUCUACAGCUUGCCUGGCCUGAGAAUGUACGAGCAAGAGUGGGUGAGGUUACACCUGCUGAACAUAGGCGGCUCCCAAGACAUUCACGUGGUUCACUUUCAUGGCCAGACCUUGCUGGAAAAUGGCAAUAAACAGCACCAGUUAGGGGUCUGGGCCCUUCUGCCUGGUUCAUUUAAAACUCUUGAAAUGAAGGCAUCAAAACCUGGCUGGUGGCUCCUAAACACAGAGGUUGGAGAAAACCAGAGAGCAGGGAUGCAAACGCCAUUUCUUAUCAUGGACAGAGACUGUAAGAUGCCAAUGGGACUAAGCACUGGUAUCAUAUCUGAUUCACAGAUCAAGGCUUCAGAAUUUCUGGGUUACUGGGAGCCCAGAUUAGCAAGACUAAACAAUGGUGGAUCUUAUAAUGCUUGGAGUGUAGAAAAACUUGCAGCAGAAUUGGCCUCUAAACCUUGGAUCCAGGUGGACAUGCAAAAGGAAGUCGUAAUCACAGGGAUCCAGACCCAAGGUGCCAAACACUACCUGAAGUCCUGCUAUACCACAGAGUUCUAUGUAGCUUACAGUUCCAACCAGAUCAACUGGCAGAUCUUCAAAGGGAACAGCACAAGGAAUGUGAUGUAUUUUAAUGGCAAUUCAGAUGCCUCUACAAUAAAAGAGAAUCAGUUUGACCCACCUAUUGUGGCUAGAUAUAUUAGGAUCUCUCCAACCCGAGCCUAUAACAGACCUACCCUUCGAUUGGAGUUGCAAGGUUGUGAGGUAAAUGGAUGUUCCACACCACUGGGUAUGGAAAAUGGAAAGAUAGGAAACAAGCAAAUCACAGCUUCUUCGUUUAAAAAAUCUUGGUGGGGAGAUUACUGGGAACCCUUCCGUGCCCGUCUGAAUGCCCAGGGACGUGUGAAUGCCUGGCAAGCCAAGGCAAACAACAACAAGCAGUGGCUAGAAAUUGAUCUACUCAAGAUCAAGAAGAUAACAGCAAUUACAACACAGGGCUGCAAGUCUCUGUCCUCUGAAAUGUAUGUAAAGAGCUAUACCAUCCACUACAGUGACCAGGGAGUGGAAUGGAAACCAUACAGGCUGAAAUCCUCCAUGGUGGACAAGAUUUUUGAAGGAAAUACUAAUACCAAAGGACAUGUGAAGAACUUUUUCAACCCCCCAAUCAUUUCCAGGUUUAUCCGUGUCAUUCCUAAAACAUGGAAUCAAAGUAUUGCACUUCGCCUGGAACUCUUUGGCUGUGAUGUUUACUAGAACUGAAUAUUCAAAAACCCCUGGAAGAGGGUCUUUAAGACCUCAAACCAUUUAGAAUGGGCAAUGUAUUUACACUGUGUUAAAUGUUAACAGUUUUCCACUAUUUCUCUUUUUUUCUAUUAGUGAAUAAAAUUUUAUACAAGAAGGUUU